AUGUCCAACCUAAAUGAGAAAGCGUUGCUAGCUAGUUAUCGAGUAGCUUUUCGUGUGGCUAAAGCAGGAAAACCUCACAGUAUUGCCGAAAAUUUGAUUUUACCAGCGGCUUUAGAUAUAGCAGAGGUUAUGUUUGGCAAACAAGAGGUUGAAAAGCUCAAAAGUAUACCUCUCUCUGACAAUACCAUUCAACGCACGAUAAGCAAUAUGGCGACUGACGUUCGUGAUCAAGUCAUAGAAAAAAUAAAGAAAAGUUCUUUUGUGUCCUUACAAUUUGAUGAAUCAACGGAUAUUGCGGGUUGUGCGCAGUUUGUAGCUUUUGUGCGUGUUGAAUCCAAUGAAAUAUUGAUGGAAGAAAUACUAUUUUGCAAGGCACUUCCCAAAAAUGCUACAGGUCAGUUCUUGCAUGACAUGUUCGUUGAAGCUACGCAAGAUAUGAAUAUCGAUUGGGCACAAAAAUGCAUUGCUAUUUGUAGUGACGGAGCAAAAGCCAUGACUGGUGCGAAGAGUGGAUUUAUUGCUAGACUGAAAGAACAAAUGCCAAACGCUUGUUGGAUGCACUGCUUUCUCCAUCGCCAAGCUCUUGCAGCCAAAACCUUGCCACAAGAAUACAGUCAAGUUCUAAAUAUUAUUAUUAACAUUGUAAAUUCUAUCAAAGGAAAAGCGUUGCAGACUCGAUUGUUUCGAAUCAUUUGUGAAGAUAUGGGGGCACUACACCGCAAUUUGCUUUACCACACAGAGGUUAGGUGGUUAUCAAAAGGCAAAGUACUGACCAGAGUUGUGGAACUUCGCGCUGAAUUAUUAGUAUAUUUACAACAAGCCAAGUCACAUUACUCUGAAUUCAUUUCUGACCCGGAAUUCCUUUUGAAAUUGGCUUUUAAUUAUUAA